AAAGUCUAUUAUCCUUUAUGUGUACAGUGUACUUGCUAUUAUCAGCAAAUAACAAAACAGUACGGAAAAAAACUUAUUUACCAAUCGCCAGCCUUUUGCUAUGUUCUUUUUUCAUCAAACCAAUACAAUACAUUGACUAAUUUUCACUCAAUAAACAGAGUUUGACUCAAGAGGCUUAACUUGCAAGUCUCAGCCUAUCGACAGGCGUUGACAAAGGUUCGGUUAAUAACAGAACUUUCCAUUAGUGUUGAUACAUAGAUUUAGUAACCUAAUAAAUAAAGUUUUCAGUUAUGCAAUACGUAUAUAUACUUUCCUUUUAUUACACAACUGAAUUUUUUUUAUCUAUACGUUUAAAGAAAGAAGGGGAUCUACGUAUUCAUUUUGAUUUUGAAAGGUAUACAAACUUGGAAAAUAGUAGUUUUUAUUUUAUUAUUGCAUAAACUCUUAAAAAUAGUUGGCAGAAGCUUUCAGUUAUAUGUAUAUUAGGAGGAUCGCUGUUGGCAGAAGCUUUCAGUUAUAGAAAAUGAUCCCAAAGGAUAUCAUUGGUGGCAAAAGCUAAACAAAAUGAUAGAAGUAAACUUAUCUUUAAAACGUUACUUAUCCUCCACGUUUUCUCCCUAAUGUUAAUUACAUUUUGUGAGGGGGGUGUGCGACAAUGACCGAGCCAGGCACGUGACGCCAACGUUGUCUCUUAAAAUCAGUAAAUCACCACCGCCGUGAACGUAAUUCCCCCAACGUCACGCCGACGCGAGUUCUGACACGCUUCGUUGUCCAACAUGUUUCUAUUACUUGGCGCGGUCACCGCACCGGUUCGCUGCUAUUGUAAUUUCAGAUUAAUCAGGAGGGUAUAACUGUCUAUGUCAAAACUUGUCAUAUUCUGACUCCUCCGCCUUUGGCAAAAGAUCACUUUUGUGUCCUAAGAAUUUUCAUGCCGACCAAUCUCUAAAUGUUUUUUACCUAACUCUUCCCCCCUUCAAAUCUAACAACUCUAUAUUGUUCAACAAGUUGGUGUGAACUUCUCCGUGUUUUGCUUCUAAUCAUACCGAAUGCCUGAGAAAAGAAUGACCCCGUCUCCGGCGCUAAGCCACCACCGUCCCAGUCCUCUGCAUCAAUGGAGAUUCAGCGUCCUAACGUCCCUCGUGUUCUUCCUCAUGGUCAUCGUCUGGAGCAUCGACGGUUGUACUAUCAAAACAUUCAUAGACUCAUGGAGACUCAACGCUUCUUACUCCAUGCGAGUCACUGCUUCUUCUCCUUCUGCCAAACCAAAACCACAUUCUCUGGAUCUAGACACGACUCAAGUGAAGUUCAACUGGAUCUCAUCCGAGAUGGAGCAGAACUUCACGGCUAACCUCUUGAAAAACUGGUCGGCUCCGGGAGGAGAGAAAUGCAGAGAAGCAAAAACCGUCGAGAUCUCCGUCCCCAACCUCGACGGGAAGGAUCCGGUUCACUUAACAGCCGGCGAGAUCCACGAGUUCAGGUUCCAAUCCCUCGACGAAACGGGCAAACCCGUCUGCGUCGGUGGAGAUUACUUCGAGACUGAUCUCUCCGGCGAAAACUGGAAAUCUAGACCGCCGGUGAAAGACUUAACCAACGGAACUUACUCCGUCUCCCUCCAGAUCCAUCCCGAGUUCGCCGGAGAUUACAAUCUAACCGUCAUUCUACUCUUCCGUCACUUCCAAGGCCUUAAACUCAGCCCCGCGCGCUUCGCCUUCAACAGAAAGCUACGCAGCUUCAAACUACGCUUCGUCGAGAAAAACGACGUCGUUUUACCUGAUCUUCGCCAAUGCGUCAAGUCAGACUUCGCUAGAGAGGUCUGGUCCGGGCGGUGGACAAGGCUCGGCAAGAAUAACGAGUGUAAAAUCAGCAACGACGGACGUUACCGUUGCCUGGAUGAUAACUUCCCUUGUCGGAAACCGUGGUGCGACGGAGCGUUGGCGGAGUUAGAGAGCAACGGUUGGGUUUACUCGAGCCACUGCUCGUUUAAACUCUUCUCUGGUGACUCGGCUUGGAGUUGCUUGAAGAACAAGUGGAUCUUCUUCUGGGGAGACUCGAACCACGUGGACACGAUUAGAAACUUGCUCAACUUCGUCUUGGGCCGUCCCGAGAUCGGCGCUGUCCCGAGGAGGUUUGAUUUGAAGUUCUCUAACCCAAGGAACUCGUCGGAGACCGUUAGGAUCACGAGCAUAUUCAACGGACAUUGGAACGAGACGCAGAACUAUCAAGGUCUCGACUCGCUUAGAGACCACGGGUUUAGAGAGCUGCUUAGAAGCUACUUCGCUGAAGAGACAGGUGUUCCGGACGUAAUGAUCGUGAACUCUGGUCUCCACGAUGGGGUCCACUGGUCUAACCUUAGAGCGUUCGCGAAGGGCGCAAAAACCGCGGCUGCGUUCUGGAGAAACGUUUUCGAUUCGGUGAAACGCCGCGGGUUCGAACCGCCGGAAGUGGUUUUCAGGAACACGAUCGCUACGGGCGGGUACGCGAGGGAGCUGGCGUUUAACCCGAGUAAGAUGGAAGUGUUCAAUGGGGUGUUUUUGGAGAAGAUGAAGGAGUUUGGGUUGGUGUCGGGUGUGAUUGAUAACUUUGACAUGACGUAUCCGUGGCAUUAUGAUAACAGGUGUAACGAUGGGGUUCAUUACGGGAGAGCUCCGGCGAAGUUGCGGUGGAGAGAUGGGGAGAUUGGGCAUCAGUACUUUGUUGAUCUGAUGCUUGUUCAUGUCUUGUUAAAUGCAUUGUGUGUGAGAUAAAGUAGUGGAAUGAUGUUUAGUUUGGUUAGAAGUAGAAGCUAGGAAUCACACGAUUCUUUUGUUUGUGAUGUUGUGUACACUUCUGAAUAUAGGAUAAAUUAUAUAUUAGCAAAUCUGAAGUACACUACAAAUCAUAACUUGAAACUUUGAAAGUAGGCG